AUGAUCCUCUCCAAGCAAAUCCCCAUCUUCGCCGCCCUCAUGGCUCUGGCACCUAGCGUCCUCGCCGACUGCUCCUUUUCCUUGAGCUUCACCAGAACUCAGAACCCCAUCGCCGGAGGUGACAACACCCACACCUGCAGCGCAGAAGUUGACUACGGCAACGGCGAGACAGAGAUUCUCUCAGAGGCCUGCAACGAAGUCAGCAGCUCUCGCUGCUACACUUCGAAGCUUGCGAACACCAUUUGCGUCCACACUAACUCCGAAUUCUCCGAUGGAUACGUGGAUUACGGCGCCGAGCACCGCGACUUUAACGAGGAUGGUUGCGACAAGGACAAGUGGGCUGGCAUUGCUGGCGAUGGAGCCACCACUAAGUGUACUUUCCCUUGCUAG